AUGGCACCAUCAGCUGAACCUGUGUACUGGCUGGGAAAUGAUACUCUGAGAGUGUCGGCUGCCCUGUUUGCAGAGAACCGCUGGCGCUUCUGCCAGGGACUGAAAGCCAAAAGUGAACUUGUGCCCAAAAGUGUGGUUGUUCUUCAAGGUGGAGAGCAGAAGCAGAGAUACUGCACAGACACGGAUGUGGUUUUCAGACAGGAGUCCUUCUUCCACUGGGCUUUUGGAGUCAUUGAGGCUGACUGCUAUGGAGCCAUCGACGUGGACUCAGGAAAGGCCUUCCUGUUUGUGCCCAAGCUGCCUGAAAGUUACGCUACAUGGAUGGGAGAGAUCUAUCCUCGGGAACACUUCAAGGAGAAAUAUGCUGUCGAUGAGGUGCACUACACCUCUGAUAUUGUGGAUGUCUUGGCCAACUUGCAGUCGUCCACCCUCCUUACUCUGCGUGGACUGAAUACAGAUAGUGGCAGUACCUGUCGUGAAGCCUCCUUUGAAGGAAUCAGCCGCUUCCAGGUGAACAACACCCUGUUGCACCCAGUAAUUGUUGAAUGCCACCUGCUUAAGACCGAUAUGGAGUUGGAGGUCCUGCUAAGGGAGGCUGAGUUCUCUGGCCCAGAGAUGCUUAGCUGUGUCACUAGCACAGGGACAGAAACUAGCGCAGGACGAAAGGAUGAAUACCCCAAAGCAGCUGAGGUAAUGAGACGUGUAAGACCUGGACAGAAAGAAUAUGAAAUGGAGAGUCUGUUUCAGCACUACUGCUAUUCGCGUGGAGGUAUGCGCCACACCUCUUAUACCUGCAUCUGUGGAAGUGGACACAACUGCUCUGUCAUUUAUUAUGGCCACCCUGGUGCUCCUAAUGACAAGACAAUUGAAGAUGGAGACAUGUGUCUCUUUGACAUGGGUGGAGAGUAUUACUGCUACACCUCUGACAUCACUUGCUCUUUCCCGACCAAUGGCAAAUUCACCGCUGACCAGAGAGCCAUCUACGAGGCAGUACUCAAGUCCUCACGCACUGCAAUGGCUGCUAUCAAACCAGGGGUAAAGUGGACAGACAUGCAAAGGCUGGCUGAUCGGGUUCACCUGGAGGAGCUGGUUAAGGUUGGCAUCCUGCGUGGCAAUGUGGAGGACAUGCUCAAAGUCCACCUGGGUGCCGUGUUCAUGCCCCACGGACUCGGGCACCUGCUGGGCCUCGAUGUGCAUGACGUGGGCGGAUACCCUGAGGGUGUGGAGCGAGUGGACGAACCAGGCCUGAGGAGCCUUCGAAUGGGCCGUUUGGUGCAGGAGCGCAUGGUCCUGACCGUGGAGCCCGGUAUCUAUUUCAUCAACCACCUGCUGGACCAAGCCCUGGCCGACCCAGCACACUCCUGCUUCAUUAACAAUGCUGUUCUGCAGCGAUUCCGUGGCUUCGGAGGGGUACGUGUUGAAGAAAACAUUGUGGUGACAGCAGACGGUAUCGAACUGCUGACCUGCGUUCCCCGCACUGUGGAGGAGAUUGAAGCCUUCAUGGCUGAGGGUCGUGACUCUUCCAAGUCCUUCAGCCCUGUUGUCUGCAGUGAGACAUUUUGAACAUGCAUCUCAUCUCCAAGAUCAUAACAAAUUUUACAUAAUACUUCUGUCAGCUUUCAGUAAUGUGAAAUCCUUCACUGUGGGGAAGUAGAGUUCUCUGCUUCAAGCAUUUUCAUUUAGAAAGAUAACUAUGCACUAUGAAGUGUGUGUAUUAUGAAUUGUAUGUAUUAUGAAGGUAAACUAUUACAAUUCCAUUUAUAAUUCUAGUUAAGAUGCCACAUAAUUUUAGAUAAGUCUAAUGAAGUCAUACUGUCCAGACACUUUAAAGUGUAAAAAUGUAAAUAAGCCUAAGAGAAUUUGUAUAUCUUAUUUAUAAAUUAUUCUGUCAUUUCUUCUCUAAGCAUG